AUGUCUGAACAAAAGGAUAGGUGGUCUACAAAUGCAUACCAACACUCAGCUUCUUUUGUGCCCAAACUAGCCACAAAGGUAGUUUCGUGGCUAGAUCUACAGAAGGAUGAUGUUCUUCUCGAUAUUGGAUGUGGUGACGGCAUACUGAAUGCCGAGUUCGCCAAGAUCUUGGCACAGGGAAACGGCUCAAUGCAUGGUGUUGAUAGCUCAGCUUCCAUGAUUGAGGCUGCUCGAGAGUUAUGCAAGGACUCCAAAGUUUCUACUUUUGACGUUCUGGAUGCUACACAACUUGUCACCAAACCAGAACUCCAAAAGGGAACUUUCAACAAAGCUUUCUCCAGUGCAGCUAUGCACUGGAUCUUAAGGCCAGAGGAGACUCGAGCUCAAUUCUUCAAGGGAGUCUAUGCUUCACUGGCCCCCGGUGGUUCAUUUACCUUUGAGAUGGGCGGCUUAGGCAACGUCUCCGAGAUGCGCACAGCGGCUCUUGGUGCGAUAUCUCGCCGUACUGGCAUGGAAGCAGCACUUGCAGCUGAUCCCUGGUUCUUCCCAGAUGAAACUUGGAUCACCAAAGCGCUGGAGGAGGCGGGCUUUGUAGUUGAGCGGGCAGAACGUGAGUGGAGGCCGACUCCAGCUGAUAAAGGCGGUGUCGAAGGUUGGAUUAGGCUUAUGGCAAGUCAGAUUCUAGAUGCUAUUUCGGAUGAGAAAGAGAGAGAAGAGGCCGUACAGGAAUGUGUACAGGUACUGAGAGAGGUGUGCCGUGAUCCUAAUGGUGGAGAGAUGAUAUCCUAUGUUAGGCUGAGAGGUGUAGCCAGAAAGCCUGAAUGA